GGUAGCUCUCUUCCACCUCCUUUGCCCUAAGGCGGGCCAAAGCAGGAUGCUAUAUUUGGCCUGGCAGAGCAGCGCCUGUGAAACCUGAUGCUGUGCAAGGCUGACAGCUGGAGCCAAUGGGGCUGGCUUGUUUUGGCCACCACCGCCGCUGUGAUGAGAGGGGCUGAGAUGGGCAGCAGCCCAGCCACUGCAGACGAAGCACUCAGAGGCAGGAGCUCACGAGAGGCAGCACAGGAACCCACGAAUCCUCCAUCUCCGCUGGAAGAGGAGAGCGGCCCUUCAGCCUGCCAGCUAGCAGAUCCACAGCAGAGCAGGAGCGAGCAGAUUCGCAGCAUGAAGCAGGCGAACUUCCCCGAGGAGAACGGCUUCAGCGAGGUGAUGGCCAGCAGCCCUCAUGAUCCUGCGCCCAGCAGCUGUGGGAAGAAACGCCACUGGCUUCAGCAUCUGAUCCCAGACAACUUCUGGGAGGACGCAAAGAAGCUGAUAGUGCUGGCAUGGCCACUGCUCCUGAACCAGCUCCUCAUUUUCCUAAUCCACCUCGUCAGCUCCAUAUUCUGCGGCCACCUGGGGAACGUUGAGCUGGCCUCCGUCACACUAGCCAUCGCUGUUGUAAAUGUUACUGCUAUCUCUGUAGGAUACGGUUUGUCUUCGGCAUGUGACACCUUGAUAUCCCAGACCUAUGGCAGCAAGAACCUGCGGCGCGUGGGAGUGAUCCUGCAGCGUGCCACCCUCAUCAUCCUGCUGUGCUGCUUCCCCUGCUGUGCCAUCCUCAUCAACAUCGAGCAGCUCCUGCUUCUCAUCCGCCAGGACCCCGAGGUCUCCAGGUUAACCCAGCUCUACGUGAUGGCGUUCAUCCCUGCUCUUCCCGCAGUUUUUCUGUAUCACUUGGAGACAAGAUACCUGCAGAACCAGGGAUUUACCUCCAGCGCAGUCAUUUUCAAAAUGAUCAUGUGGCCCCAAGUGCUGAGUGGCAUUGUCGGCAACGCUGUCAAUGUGAUUGCAAACUGCAUCUUUCUCUAUGCGCUGGGCUUCGGUAUUACGGGCUCAGCCUGGGCCAACACCGUUGCUCAGUAUUCUCAAACCGUUUUCUUGUUCCUGUAUAUUGUAGGCAAGAAGCUGCAUGUGGAGACAUGGGGAGGCUGGUCCAGGGAGUGCCUCUUGGAUUGGGACAGCUUCACCUCGCUAGCUAUCCCCAGCAUGCUCAUGAUAUGCAUUGAGUGGUGGACCUACGAAAUUGGGAGCUUCUUGAUAGGCCUGCUGAGCGUUGUUGAGCUCUCAGCGCAGUCCAUCAUCUAUGAGGUGUCUGCUGUUGCCUACAUGAUUCCCCUAGGGCUCGGCACAGCUGCCAGCGUCCAGGUGGGGAACGCGCUUGGCGCCGGGGACGGGAAGACGGCCAAGAGAUCUUCCUCCACCUGCCUGCUCUGCACAGGGGGAUUUUGCAUAGCAGCAGGGGCCAUUUUAGCAGCCAUGAAGGAUGUGCUGGGCUACGUCUUUACCUAUGACAAGGAGAUCAUCGACUUGGUGGCCUGGGCCAUACCCGUCUAUGUUGGCUUCUACUUAUUUGAAGCCACAUGUGGCGCCUGCAGCGGAGUGCUCAGAGGCAUAGGCAAGCAGAAGUUUGGGGCCAUCCUCAACGCUGUGGCUUACUAUGGCAUCGGCCUGCCUGUGGGAGCUGUGCUCCUCUUCGUGGCCAAGAUCGGCAUCAUAGGUCUCUGGCUCAGCAUGCUCAUCUGCGUCUCCAUCCUCUGCAGCUGCUUCAUCACCUACAUUGUCCGCAUGGACUGGAAGAAGGCAGCUGAUGAGGCUCAGCUCCGUGCAGGAGUGACCCAGCAGCCAGCAGAAGAGCUGAACUCAGGUCCUGAAGCAUCGUGCAAGGCUCUGCCCUGUGGCCCAGGGCCAGCCCCGCCGCCCUACGCUCACAGCCCUGCCACAGCGGUGCGGGGGUGUGUAGCGGGAAUGGAUGCUCAGAACGGUGUCACGCUCAUGGGCAUCACCAAGAUCGAGGGACCAACAUACCAGCUGGAGCCCCAGGAAGCAACGCCUGCCCCACCAGCUCCAGGCACCAUCAUGUCCAUGAGAGAGCUGCUCCUCCGGCGUGGGCUGGCGGUGGCCGCGGCUGUCGCAGUGCUUGCGCUCGGCAUCGUAAUAAAGCUCAUGACCAGCAAACACUGAACAGCACCAUGCACUCUGGGGACUUUGGGGACAAAGGCGCCUCCUGACUGAUGGACACACAAAACGCAGACCAGCCAACAGAAGAAUCCAGCACCCGAGUAGCCCUUCAGGGCAGAAGGGCCCCACUCAGCACUAGGCAGUACCUGACCGCAUAUCACUUGGGAACAGGCCCUAUGCAUCAUCCCAAGUGCUGCCCAAGCUGCCCUACACCCACUGAGCAUGAGAUAACCCCUUCCGCACGCAAACCAGCACUGCCAGCUCUCACCUGCUGACUGGAGCUGAGCACCGCCCAGCUUGCACCACUGCCUAAUAAAGAAUAAACCCAGCUAGACCCAGGCUGGCUCCUUUGCUUGGAGGCUCAGGCAGAGCUAGCUGCCAGAGCAGAACAUCAGCUGCUGCGAGCUGCAGCCCCACCCGGGGCUGUUCCGGUUGCUUUUUAGGGGAAUGCGGCCCUUCCAGCUCUCCUGCGGCUUUCAAGGCCCUGCUGGCUCACACGAAGCUGCUCACCGCGACGCAGCAGCGAUAAGGUGUCAGUGCAGUGAUAGCGGGUGCUCUCCCCCGCAGUGACUCGCUGCAUCCUGGAGCACAGAGAUAUCAGCCCAGCACUCUGUUCUCCUGCCCUAUAGCACCAGGUGGCCUUCACAGUAAAAACAGGUUUUAUUCAGCAAGGCUCAAGGUCAGGCUUUCAGUUACA